AUGCCUUACCUAAACUCUUCUAUCGAUCCAAUUAGCCUUGGUUUUCUCGCUAUUCUCCUCGGAGGUAGCAGAGCACAUUUCCUUCAAGUUCAAUCCUUCCCUGAAGAGGUCGAUAGAGACUGGGAUGGUCUAGGCAUCCUUCAAUCCAGAAGCCACAUCGAGAGACUUGUCGUCAAUGACAAGCUUCGCGCAAGUCUCUGUUCCCUCCUUCAUAUAGUGAACGAAGAAGCCCCAGGAGAUUCCUGGAUGGAUCUCGUUGAUAACGAUGUGGAAGAAGACGCCUGGGAUGUUAUACGCCUCUCUGGUCGUGCCGCGGACGGUUCUAAACGUACUAUUAAACUCUGGAGUCUGGAUCACAUCCUCCAGGUGUUAAACGAUCCUGCCCCACAUCUCAUCAAGGUUGCUUCGUUCCGAAACGUGCCUUGCUGUCCUCGUUUCCAUCCGAGAUUGGGAUGGACGGCCCUGGUUCAUCAACCUCGGCGUGCAGCAGGGGGUUUAUCCAUCUUACAAGAUCAAGAUAUCUUCCUGUUGAAGGACUCGUCGACAACGACAGAGUCUCUCCAGUAUGCAGUCUUGGGAGUCACCUGCGAUUUGCUCCUCACAUCGGUUCUGCUGUUCCACACCUCCUCUCACCAAUUUCUCGAUCCCCCACGUAGUCGACUUCUAGUGAAGUGGCUUGGUCAAGACCCUCUCCUUAAUCCCGACGCUCUAGACGAAGCAAUCAAAUCUAUCUAUAAGUCGGAGACGUAUUAUCCUACUCUUCGUAAAAAUUUGGAGAAUGAGAUGCGUCGGUUAAUUUGUCUCGGUGCAGGUGUCUCGCAAAAGUCAGAUUCCGAGGCCGAUGACAAAACCUCUAUCCAGAUAUCGGGAGCAUUGUUGGUUCUGGGUGAACAUAAUGACAUACAAGGACCCUACAACCGAAUCCUAUUCAAUGCCCCUCCUACUUUCAUCCAAUUGAAUAACAACGCUCCCCUUAUUCCCGUUGUCACCAACCCACCGGACUUGGGUUCCGGAGAAUUCGAGUUUACUUCCGAGAAAAAGGAGGAGCUGAUGAUCUCCAGCCCCUUCUCUUCGAAUUCACAAUCAUACUUCACGCGUAUUAGGAGAAAAGGCGGUACUGAAUGGACGAAUGCCUUCGUCAAAGUGUCAUCGGCGGCUUCCAUAAAAUGGGAGCGCAAGAUGCUGCCUGUACUAGGCACUCGUAUCUCCCCUGGCAUGCUUCAAAAUCUCUUGGCGUACAAUGCCGAUCUCAAUUCACUUGUUAUGACCAGACUUUCUGGGAAAACCUUGAAUGACUUCCGUCUUGAAUAUGCGAUGACGAGGAAUUAUAUCGAGAUUCGUCGUGCGUAUGAAUGUGGCUUGCUGUACUCGGUUGGCAAGGACUUGGCCGACGCUCCGGGGGGGCUAGACUCUCCAAUACACAAGUUCUAUUACGACCGUCUUCACAAUGAUGUCAGGUUCACUAAACAUUACUACCCAACCACCCCCGGGUUCAGCGGAGACAACGCAGUACAGUUUGAUGAUUUCAUCGCUCUUCCUUGGAAAAUCGAUGGCGUGGAGUAUCCCCCGCUUCAGGAGUCCUUCAGGAAGGCAGAGCAGAUUCUCGAUCCCCAUGGUCAAAUUUUACCAAAACUGUGGACCUGUUUGGGACUAGGAGAUGGUCACGGAGGAAACGUGAUGAUUUCGCCGAAGAAACAGGAUCCAGCGAUUCAUUUCAUAGAUUACGAAGCUGCCGGACAUCAUAGUCCUUUCUUAGAUCUCGCGAAACCGCUUUACCUCGACGGGUUCUUCCCCGUUAUGUAUCACGAUAUCACUUCCAAAUCCUCCAACCCCACUUCUGAACGCGCUCCGGUUUCGUGGAGGAUUGAUGAGGGCAAGGUUUGCGUCGACUUGGAUGCACCGCUGAGUGAUCUGGACAAAGUCAUAUGUUUCAUGAAGUUGGAAUAUACCCUUAAACCGCUUCUCGAGUACACCGCCUGGAAUUUGGAAGAGCAGAUGGAGUCUGUCGGGAACGUUUUGUCAGCCGCUCUGUUAUGCUGCGCGCUCUUGACGAGGGACUUCUCCCGGCACCCCGAUUCGUUUUUCUUGAACUGUGCUGUUGGUAUUUUGCUGUAUAACGACCUAAAAGGCUCGCUCAAACGGUUCUGUGGGUGGGAUAAUUGGCCUUGCGUCGUGGAGACAUCUAUCAAUGACAAAGAACUAGCAUUAUUCGGUGGUGGAGGCUUCUCUCUCACACCCAAGCAGUUCGAUACUCAGCUCUUCAACAUUUUAUUCAAUAAAGUCGACCUUGAACCGGAUUCGGUAUUCCUUAAACGAUUAGAUGACACGCUGCGUUUGCAUAAGAAGUUCUCGAAGAAUUCCAACGAGUCCUCGGCUGUUGUCAUUCAAAGAAUAGGUGAUGCGCGGAGAACAGGAAUUAGGGUUGCCCCACAUACUUGUAUCCGUGAAAGCAUCUUUGCGGAGCCCAGAAUUGAUCAUCACUUCCAGUACCAGGAGGUGCAGGAGACCCGCCGCUCACGUCCAUACAGAAUGACUUUGGUUGAUCUUGGAUGUUGUAUGGGAACUGAUCUAAGGAAGUUGGUCGUGGAUGGUUUCCCAGUACUGGACAUCAUGGGGCUCGAUAUCGAGAACCGAUUCUUUGACAUCGGGCGUCUCAUGUACAACGAAGGGGACACACCUUCCAUCAAGUUUAAGCAGACCGAUGCCCUUGAUCCUCUAUUCUGUGAACGCAACGCCAGUUUGGAAAGCAAGUUCGAUUUUGUGCACUCAGCAAAUGUCCUACAUCUCUUCCAGACUGAGGAGCAACUAGCAUUCAUACGGUCAAUGGCAUUUCUAGCUAAACCUGGUGGACUUAUGUGGGGUCGUCAAGUCGGGUUGGCCAAUGGACCAGAUGGUGCGAAGUACAAGCACGAAGAAGGAAAAGGUACUCGGUUCACGGCUGGCGAGUUUAAGGAGCUCAUCUUGGAUGCUACGGGAUGGCGUGAAGAGGAUAUCGUAUAUCGCUCUGAGUUGGUCGCGUACAGCGAGCUACGAAUAGCGAAGCCUGGCAAGAAUUGGGUGCUACAGUGGUCAGUGAGGGUGCCCGUCGAUAAAACGCCGGGAGCUCGUCGAAUUACUGAGUUGGUUGAAUAAAUAAUCGGACGAAAUCAUUACAAUAGUAUAUUCUCUGCCUAGCUAUGUACGUAUUUGCAGAACAAGAUCGGCU